GAUGAAGUGCCCAACUGGCUUCGGUCCUGUAUUGGGCUCGAGCGCAAGAGCAAGGUCCAGGAGAGCGCCAUCCCUGACGAACUUCAGGAGAUCGCAGUCAAUCUGCUGCUGCAGCAGCAGCGCGCAGGUGCCGAGAUCUCCACAGCAGCCGUGGAGUCCUUGUUGUCAGAGCUGGUUGAGCUCUACAACAAGGAGGUGUCGAGGGUGCACGAAAACUUUGACGAGCAGCUUCUGCAGGAGGUGGACCAGCUGCAGGGUGUGACGGAUAUCCAGGCCUUCAUGGACGAACGGCGGAAGCAAAGUGGGCUCCCCGAGGCAGUUCUCUUCCGACCCUCCCAACGAGCCCUCAAUCAGAUCGCGCUGGCAUUCAACAAGAAGUAUGGCUUCAGCUUGCAAAGCAACACCAAGCCCAUGAUGCACCUUCCGCGGGGACACCCGGCCAUCCAGGAGGUGAUACAGCAUGUGCACUAUCUCGUGAAAGAAAAGAAGGUGCAUCCUCGCUUGAUCUUGAAUUUUGAUCAAGUGUGGACAACCCUGUAUGAGCCCAUCCGCAAGGUGCUGAAGAAGGACGUGGCCACGCCCACUGGCAAGGACCCUCUGGCUGCAAUGCCGCAGCGCCAACAGGUCCGUGCAAGGGUGCAGGAAUACAUGGGGCAGGCGGUGCUGCUGCCCAAGUCGGAGCGGUCCAAGGUGUGGCAAGCAAAGCUGGCCGACCUGACGGGCGCGUCCUCCCCGCAACUGGCGCAG